CACUGUAAACUACAGACACUGAGGCUGAAUGGAUGUUCCCUGACAGAGAAAGGGUGUGAAGCAUUGGCUUCAGUUCUCAGCUCAAACUCCUCUCACCUGAGAGAGCUGGAUCUGAGUCACAAUGACCUGCAGGAUUCAGGAGUGAAGGUGCUCUCUGAUGGACUGGGGAAUCCACACUGUCAACUACAGAAACUGAGGAUGUCAUUCUGUAGAGUCACAGAGGAAGGCUGUGCUUCUCUGGCUUCAGCUCUGGGGUCAAACCCCUCCCAUCUGAGAGAACUGGACCUGAGCUUCAAUCACCCAGGAGACUCUGGAGUGAAGCUGCUCUCUGCUAGACUGGAGGAUCCACACUGUAGACUGGAGAAACUCAAUGUGGACCAUACAGAAGAGAUCUGGGUCAAACCACAGCUGAUGACGAAAUAUGCCUGUGAUCUCACACUGGACCCAAACACAACACACAGAAACCUCUCUCUGUCUGAGGGGAACAGAAGGGUGGAGAGGGUUAAAGAGGAGCAGCCGUAUCCCGAUCAUCCAGAGAGAUUUGAUCACUAUACCCAGGUGUUGUGUAGAGAGGGUCUGACUGGGCGCUGUUACUGGGAGGUAGAGUGCAGUGGGCUGGCUGACAUUGGAGUGACAUGUAAAGGCAUCAGUAGAAAAGGAGAUGGUUCUGCCAGUGAAUUUGGAUACAAUAAGAAGUCCUGGCGUCUGAUCUGCCGUGGGAAUCAUUACGGUGCCCUCCACAAUAGUCAAUAUACUAAUACAAGCAUAAUACAUGCUCCACACCUCAUCAACCCUCCUCAACCCCAGAGAGACCAGUCCUCCUCCCCUCCACACCUCAUCAACCCUCCUCAACCCCAGAGAGACCAGUCCUCCUCCCCUCCACGCCUCAUCAACCCUCCUCAACCCCAGAGAGACCAGUCCUCCUCCCCUCCACGCCUCAUCAACCCUCCUCAACCCCAGAGAGACCAGUCCUCCUCCCCUCCACACCUCAUCAACCCUCCUCAACCCCAGAGAGACCAGUCCUCCUCCCCUCCACACCUCAUCAACCCUCCUCAACCCCAGAGAGACCAGUCCUCCUCCCCUCCACACCUCAUCAACCCUCCUCAACCCCAGAGAGACCAGUCCUCCUCCCCUCCACACCUCAUCAACCCUCCUCAACCCCAGAGAGACCAGUCCUCCUCCCCUCCACGCCUCAUCAACCCUCCUCAACCCCAGAGAGACCAGUCCUCCUCCCCUCCACACCUCAUCAACCCUCCUCAACCCCAGAGAGACCAGUCCUCCUCCCCUCCACGCCUCAUCAACCCUCCUCAACCCCAGAGAGACCAGUCCUCCUCCCCUCCACGCCUCGGAGUAGGAGUGUUUUUGGACUGGCUGGUCGGCACACUUUCCUUCUAUGAGAUCUACUCUGACACAAUGACCCAUGUGUACACAUUCCAGACCAUAUUCACUGAGCCCCUCUACCCAGGGUUUAGUGUUUCUAAUGAGGGCUCUUCAGUGUCCCUGAGCCAGGUAGAGUCGUCUCCUAUGUCCUGGAGGAACACCUGGGUCUCCAUGGAAACACAGUCACACUCCUGUUCUAACUCAACCAUGUGACAUGAUGGGGUGUUGUUGACAGUGAUCAUGACAUCAGAUAUGGACAUUGUAACAGAUAAAUGUUGUUGACAGAGAUCAUGACAUCAGAUAUGGACAUUGUAACAGAUACAUGUUGUUGACAGAGAUCAUGACAUCAGAUAUGGACAUUGUAACAGAUACAUUUUGUUGACUGUGAUCAUGACAGAUAUUCAUAUUCACACCACUGAGUCAAUACUUUGUAGAAGCACCGUUGGCAGCAAUUACAGUUGUGAGUCGUUUUGAGGCUCUAAUACACCUGGAUUGUACAAUAUUUGACCAUUAUUAUUUAUUCAAUUCUUCAAGUUCUGUCAAAUUGUUUGUUGAUCAUUGUUAGACAGCUAUUAUCAAGCCUUGCCAUAUAUUUUCAAGCGGAUUUAAGUCAAAAAUUUAAUUAGGCCACUCAGGAACAUUCAAUGUCAUCUUGGUAAGCAACUUUUUAUCAUAAAAAAUGUCUUAAUCCUUCCUGAUGACAAAGAUACUCAUAACAUGAUGCAGCCACCAUCAUGCUUGAAAAUAUGAAGAGUGCUACUCAGUGAUGUGUUGUGGUGGAUAUGGCCUAAACAUUAUGCUUUGUGUUCAGGACAAAAAGUUAAUUUCUUUGCCACAUUUUAUGCAGUAUGUUUUUAGUGCCUUUGUUACAAACAGGAUGCAUGUUUUGGAAUAUUUUAAUUCUGUGCAGGCUUCCUUCGUUUCACUCUGUCAUUUAGGUUAGUAUUGCGGAGUAACUCCAAAGUUGUUGAUCCAAUCUCGGUUUUCUCAUAUCACAACCAUUCAACCCUGUAGCUGUGCUUCUACACCUGCAUUGCUUGCUGUUUGGGGUUUUAGGCUGGGUUUCUGUACAGCACUUUGCGAUAUCAGCUGAUGUACGAAGGGCUAUAUAAAUACAUUUGAUUUGAUUUGAUUUGAAAAUCACCAUUGGCCUCAUGGUGAAUUCCCUGAGCAGUUUCCUUCCUCUCUGGCAACUGAGUUAGGAAGGACGCCUGUAUCUUUGUAGUGACUGGGUGUAUUGAUACACCGUGCAAAGUGUAAUUAGUAACUUCACUAUAACUUGCUCAUAGGGAUAUUCAGCGUCAGAUUUUUUUUUUUACACACAUCUACCAAUCGGUGCCCUUCUUUGUGAGGCAUUGAAAAACCUCCCUGGUCUUUGUGGUUGAAUCUGUGCUUGAAAUUGAGGGACCUAACAGAUAAUUGUAUGUGUUGGGUACUGAGAUGGCGUAGUCAAUCAAACAUCAUGUCAACCACUAUUAUUGCCCACAGAAUGAGUCCAUGCAACUUAUUAUGUGACUUGUUAAGCACAUUUUGACUCCUGAACUUAUUUAGGCUUGACAUAACACAGGGGUUGAAUACUCAUUGACUCAAGACAUUUCAGCUUUCAUUUUUUUUGUUAACAAAAUAAAAUCCCACAAACAAAAUUCCACGUUGACAUUA